AUGCUCAGAAGCUUCUUCGCGUUCCUCGCGGUACUCAGCACGGGCGGCUCAGCCGCGCUCCUCUUCAAGUGUCUGCCGCUGAUCGUCAGGACACUGCCGCUGCCGGGGCCGCGGCCCACGCCCCCGCCGCUCCCGCCGCUCUCGCUGCCGUCGCCGCCAUCGUCCCCGCCGUCUCCACCGUCCGGUCCUCUCACCGGCUACGGUUUCUUCGAGUCGUGCCGCGAGGUCGGCUGGUCUAGUUCGGGGAACCCUUACCCAUACGGCCUCGCCCUGACUGUCACGUUUAGCCCCGACACGGACAUGGACGGCGUGUACAUCGAGGCGGCCACGCCGGAGGGCUCUGCCUGCGGCUGGUUCUACUGGCCCAAGCUUUGCUGGCUCAACCUGCUCUGCGCCUGCUGCAUCAUCGCGGUGAGCGGGGUGAGCAUCAAGGCUUUCGCCUACUACUCGCAGGGAAGCUUCACGUGCGUGCUCGACAACAUCGCAGGUGACCUGACGCAGGUGACCCCAGAGAAUCAGCGAAUGAUGACGUCGCCCUGGGCGUCUGUGGAUCUGGAGAUUCGCCGGCUCACCCUGCGCUGCCACGCCCUGACGCCUGACGCCAAGAAGCCCUCGCUCGACUCGCCGCUCUCCGACCCCGGCCGCCUCUGCCAGCCCUACCUGCUCCGCAUCUUCAUCGCCUUCCUCGCGGUCGUCGGCAUGGGCAUCUUGAGGAUCAACAGGUAUAUGGCAUCGGCCAUCCAAGCACCCCUCGCCGACGAUGCUCCGGCUGCUGUGGAUCGGGCAAGUCGCGGCGAACAACAGGGGAAGGCGGAGGCAAAGGACGACGAGGCGCCCGGCGACUGGAAAACGAAACCGCUCGAGAACGAGCGCAAGACUGAGUCCAAGAUGGACUCCUCUGAGGCCGCCAAGCACGGCGCCAACUGGUUUGGGGCCCUCUCCGGCGCGGAGGGGGGGGGCGGGGGCGACGGCGGCAAGGCGUGCGGCGAGGCGUCCGACGGCUCCGACUCGCCGCCCUACCCCUCGGGCACGCCCCUCUCGCCCAAGAAUCGGGCCAAGAGGCUCUCGCUCGACUCGCCGCGCUGCGGCCCCGGCCGCCUCUGCCAGCCCCACCUGCUCAGCAUCUUCAUCGCCUUCUCGUGGCUCGCGAUGGGUCCGCCAAAGGUCGCCGCCGCGGUCGCCACCCUGGCCGUCGUCGGCAAGGCGGACGGCGCCGUCACCGCGUGGGGCUGGUCUCCGUACGGCGGCAGCGGCGCGCCGACCGACACCGGCUACACCGCCAUCUACUCGACUUGUUGCGCCUUUGCCGCGGUCAAGGCGGACGGCGCCGUCACCGCGUGGGGCGGCUCUUCGUACGGCGGCAGCGGCGCGCCGACCGAUACCGGCUACACCGCCAUCUACUCGACGGGGUACGCCUUUGCCGCGGUCAAGGCGGACGGCGCCGUCACCGCGUGGGGCGGCUCUUCGUACGGCGGCAGCGGCGCGCCGACCGAUACCGGCUACACCGCCAUCUACUCGACUUGGCACGCCUUUGCCGCGGUCAAGGCGGACGGCGCCGUCACCGCGUGGGGCAAUCCUUCGUGGGGCGGCAGCGGCGCGCCGACCGACACCGGCUACACCGCCAUCUACUCGACGGGGCACGCCUUUGCCGCGGUCAAGGCGGACGGCGCCGUCACCGCGUGGGGCGACUCUUCCUCGAUUGCGACGCAACUUGCGAUUAACCACCCGUACCUCCAACUCCUAAGCACUUCGGGCGUCUGCCGCACGGACGAAAAGAACAAGGGCAACUUUGACGAGCUUUGGGGUAUCGAGCGGGGCACAUGGGGUGCCACGACAGUGUGUCUCUACACCCUCGGCUGCACCGGGUUCGAGUACGCCGUCGAAGGCAAGGCGUCCCGCUGCAAGCUCUUCAAGGGCCCCAUCCUCUCGACGCUGCCCGUCGGCGGCGCGAGCUGCUACAAGAAGGCGUCCAAGACGGAGCUCGGGCCGCACAAAAAGCGGCUCUAGUGAGGCCGUCAAGGGCGACCUCAAGCCGUCCUCCUUCUUCUCGCUGCGCGGACUCGAUCAUGAACAUCUCGCACGAGUAGAACCUCUCGCUUCCCCUCGGGGGAGUCCAGUCUGAUCGGGGAGAAUUGCCCCACGUCCGCGUAAGCAUUAGGCGCGGCAGACUUUGCAUGCUCGUCCCAUCUCCACAUCUUCUCAGGUCAUACCGACCUGGGGGGGGGCGUUGGAAUGCGGAGAUAGUAACUACUCUCUGUGAUGCCCUCUUGGCACUUUACUCCUGUCCCGCGUGGCUCAGUGUCUCACAUGAGUUUCUUCCCUCGAUUGUGUCACGCGGGGAGGGGGUCGCUUUCUGUUCUGCCUUUGUCCGCGGCUCGCGCUCUGCUUGCGGAACCUUUAUAUCUUUGUAGCAAUCUC